GCCAAUGCUGUUGACCAUCUGAAUCUCAGGGGCACAGACCUCCUGGCAUGUCUCUUGGCGGGCGAAAAGAGAAAUCGUGAGCUGGAAGAGUUGGCAAUGGCUGCCACUUCUGUCACUGAUUCAGCUCCUCAGCCUUGGAUUAUUAUGGGGUAUUAUUGCCAACUCAGCAAAAGAACAACAAAGGCCAUUUAUUUUGCUCACAAGGCAUGUUCAAUCAACCCACGCAGUGUGGAGGGUCUGCUGCUGAAAGGGACACUGCUACUAGAAUUAAAAAAAUUACAAGAAGCAGUAAUGCACUUCAGGGAGGCAAUGCAAAUAGCGCCACAUCGUUUUGAGCCACACAAAGGUUUAGUUGACUGUUAUUUAGCAAUGCAUCGAUCCAGAGAAGCUGUAACCAUUGCAAGUAAUGCUUGCAAACUAUUAGGCCAGACUCCAAGAGCUUUAACUCUGUAUGCCUCAGUGCUGCUAAAGGAUACCUUGACUGUCAGUAAGGGAAAAAGUCUGUUGGAGAAAGCCUUGAAGGAGGAUCCAUAUUAUCUUCCUGCUGUUUACCUUUUGUGUGAAAUAUAUGAACAGGACAUGCGGUAUGAUGCAGCAAUAGAGUUACUACGAAAGCAGGUUGCAGUACAAUCAACCUGUAGACUUCACCAGAUGUUAGCAGAUUUUUUUCUCAUGUACGGGAUGAAGAGAAAGCAGCACAUCAUUUUGGAAUUGCCUUGAAUCAUGAACCAGGUAACACUCGUGCACUGGAAGGAAUGCAGAAAAUGGAAGCAGCUCCAGACACAGUGGAAGCUCCACCAUAUGACAUGGAAGUUGAAGACAUAGCAGACUCCGAGGGUGAAGUGGAGGAAAGUGAUUUAGAGGCUGUUUGGUCAGAUGUGGACUUCUCCUUCAGUGGGCAGUGACAAGGUUCAGGGUACCCCGGCAAGACCAACAUCGUGACAUUACUACUUGUGACUUAAGCUUAAUCACUAGACUAGUUUGUGAAUAAUCAUAAAGUAUUGUUAAUGUUCACAUUCUGUACACCAUUAGAUUUAUGGUGCAAGUAUCUGAAAUAUUACACUUGGAACAUCAAAUCAUAUGCAUUAGGUGAUACUGAUUUUUAAUCAAAUUUGGAUGCUAUCAUGUAUUUAUAUAUAGCAUUGCAUGCAGGGGAAUAAAAUGCUAAAAUUUUAUGCUGGGAUGUUGCUGGCCUGUGAUAUUUUGUAUUCUGAGUGGUACAGGCCUGUAAAUGUUUACUAUAGAUACAGGCCUCUAAUUUACGAACAGAGAGAAUAUUGAAGGGGUGGUGCACCCCUUCUUAUACCCCUGAUUGUACAAUGUGAUUUAAAUUAGAGAUAUUUAUUACUUAAGAUGUUAUGAGGGUAGUUGAACCAAGGUGUCUAUCAUGUAUAAUGUAGUUGGAUGUAAGAGUAUGAACAAAAGUGCUCCGUACUACAUAAUAAUGUAUUUGGUUUAAAAUAUGUACUUUGAUUACUGAAGGACAGGUGCUGCCAUGUGAUGACAAGUCUGGCAGUUGACUUCCAGUUAUCUAGUCACUGUACACACAUAAGAUCUUCAGAAAUACUGCUUAUAUGUCAACAUCUUCAUUAGUCAACUUUUUUCUAUGUGAUGAUAUACCAUAUCUGUUAAAUGAUAAAAUGUUUAUAUUUCAAA